AUGUCUCAUAAUUCAGGUGUAAGAAGAGUAUUUGAGUAUCUCUGGGACACAGAACCCACCAACUCCGAUCUGGUUAAUGAAAUUGUUUGCUUAGGAGUAUCAUACGAGCCUAGUAGGAAAAGUUCUGAUGAUCUAACGGAGACCAUAAAUAUAUCUGAAGAUGGACUUAGAGAGGAAGGAGUCGCUGACCUGGAGCAUGGGCUUGCGGUCAAGCCGACAGAAACAGGUACAUCGCACAAUCAACAUACUUCGCUGGAAGAAAAGGACAAGCAGACGAAAGGAUUAAGUUUCCCGUCUAUGCUUAGGGCAGUGACGAUGGCUGGUGCGACAUUUUCCAAUUCGGGUGCAACUGGUGCGACUGCAGCCGAGUCGCAACUGUCUUCAGCUCCAAUAAAUUCGGCAACUGUCUCCGCCCCAUCAGCAGAGUGGCCCCCAGAAUUUCUUGCCGACGUGGGUUCUAAAUUAUGGCUUACAUAUCGCACGGGCUUCCCUUUGAUACCAAAAUCCAAGGAUGGACCAUCGGCAGUGCGAUUAACUGGCAUUCUCCGCGGUGGUGGCAUUGAUAUAAAUGGCUUUACAUCGGACGUAGGGUGGGGUUGUAUGAUCCGGACAGGCCAGUCUCUAUUAGCCAACGCACUUGCAUUACUUGAAUUGGGUCGUGAGUGGAGAGUAUCACCAGAUCAGCCAGAUCAUCUAGAAUUGCAGAUUGCCCAGUUGUUUCGGGAUGAUCCGCAAGCGCCAUUUUCAAUUCACAAUUUUGUUCGUCAUGGGGAGGACUUUUGCGGGAAAAAACCUGGCGAAUGGUUUGGACCUUCAGCGGCAGCUAGCAGUAUAAAGUAA